AAUCUUUUGUUAUUCGUUCUCUUUUCUUCGAUUGAAGAUAAAAUAAAAAGUGGUUGAAGAAUUCUCCACUUCAAUUGAAGCUACCGUUCCUCAUUCUGAUCAAAUCCCCCCAAGCUAAUGGAGCUAACACCUGGGCAACUGUUGGCCUACAAUGGCACCAACCCAUCAAAGCCCAUCUAUGUUGCUUUGAAGGGCCAAAUCUACGACGUCGCAGCAGGCGUUUCUUUCUACGGCCCCGGUGGCCCCUACGCCAUGUUCGCCGGCAAGGACGCCAGCAGAGCUCUGGCCAAGAUGACCAAGAACGAGGAGGAUAUCACCUCUUCGCUCGAAGGCCUCUCUGAGAAAGAGAUCGGUGUUCUCAACGACUGGGAGAAAAAAUUUCAAGCUAAGUACCCUAUUGUUGGCCGUGUUGUUUCUUAAACAUGUAAGAUUAUGUGGGACAAGUUUAUGUGUUUCGCUGCGUGGUGUUUGUUGUAAUUUUGGGUUAUUUCCGAGCAUCCUGAGGCAUCGUAGUGCUCAGAACUAUUAAAUGAAUAAUUGUUCAACUCUGAAGAUGGGAUUUGUUAAAAUGACUGUAAGUUUGUUGUGCUUGGUCGAAUAAGGGUCUUAAUGGCGGAUUGGUGCCAGUCUGAACGGCUAGGUGAAAUAAGAACUUAUUUCAGCUUUGUUUAUUAUCAAUUAUCAUGUGAUUUCUUAUGGUUUGGAGUCGUUGAUUCUUGAA